AUGAGGAGAAACCUACUGGCUGAGAUCAGAAACAUGCUGGCCAGCUUUAAGGCUGAGAUCAGACACCUACUGGCCAGCUUUCAGGCUGACAUCAGACGCCUACUGGCCAGCUUUAAGGCUGACAUCAGACACCUACUGGCCAGCUUUAAGGCUGAGAUCAGAAACCUACUGGCCAGCUUUAAGCGUGUUGAUCAUGAACGCAGAGAGAAAGAAGAGAUUCGCUCUGACCUGGACAAAGCUGACAAGUUAAAAACCCAGCUGGCUGCUGAGGUGGGCAGGCAUCACUCUGCCAUCGAACGCAUGAAUGACCUCAACCUCAGGAAACUGGAGCAGGAACACAGGGAGAAGCUGGUGUCUGUCAGGUCAGAGCUCAUUAUAGAGAUGGACCAGAUUCAGCAGCAGAAAGAGAAACUGGAGGCAGAGAUGGAGAAGCUCAGAGACGACGAGACCUUCCUCAGAGACCACCUCUCACUUACUGUCAAGGAAAGUAGGUGUCUGGAGAUGGAGCUGCUGGUCAGCACUGAGAAACUGUUGGCGGCAGAAAGCCAAGUCCGCGAACUGCAGAAUAACCUGGAUAACAUCCUGAAGGAGAAGUUUGGGGAUCUGGACCCGGGCAGUGCAGAGUUCUUCCUACAGGAGGAGCGUCUCGGACGGCUCCGCAGCAGCUAUGAAGAACAGUCCCGGGAGCUACAGGAUCGUAUUGACGAGCUUCAAGCAGAACUGCAGGAGUACCACAACUUGGGCCGAACCUCUCAGCCCUGUCUCAAACCCUCGCUGUCCGAGGAGCUGGGGAGUACGAGUCCUGGCAUGGAGUCAGACCCAGGCCUGGGCUUGGAGGAGGGCCAGCCAUUGUUCAACAUGAGUCUGGAGGCAGAGAUGAUGCUGGAGAGGCUGAAAGAGAAGCACCUCCAAGAGAUGGAGGAGCUACAGGCUCAGCUGGAGAGCAAG